GGUGGUUUGACUCAUUCAGUGAUUAUUGGGCAUCGUAAUGGAUCGGCUUAAAGUGGUCAUAGUUGGUGAUAGUUUCGUUGGAAAAACCAGUUUUACAAUGCGACUGGUUAACGAUGUCUUCCCAGAGAAGCAUGUGCCGACUGUAUCGGACAAAAGCAAGGUGGAUUUCUCUUUUGAAGGUUUCCGUUUCACAAUUGAUGUUUUCGAUUCCGCCGGUGGAGAAGAUUUCCACAGACUGCGCCAUUUACUAUAUCCAAUGACGGACCUGUUUUUUCUGUGCUUUGCAUUGAACGAUUUAACCUCCUACAAUAACGUCGUAAAUUACUGGCUACCAGAAUUAAGGCAUCAUCAACCAAGUGUACCCAUUAUUUUAAUAGGAACAAAAUCUGAUUUAGAACAAACCGUAAUGGCCGACUGUAAAUCACUCAUGCAAAGCUACCCAAAGGUGAAAAUCUUACUGAGAUGUUCAGCAAAAACCGCCUCAGGUGUACAUGACAUCGUCGAAGCCGCUGUCGCAAUUUGUUUAAGGAAGAGGAAACUAAAACAGAAAAAAAAGUGCAUAAUUUUGUAAUUAGUGUCACCUACUGCGUGUCCCCUACUCUUGAUCUAAUGAUUGGACUUCCUAAAUUAAGCCGACCAUAAAAUGUAAAACUACGUUAAAUUUCGAGAGAGUAUCGUGCCUCUAAUGAAUUAACAAGGACAGUUUCGGGUCAUCCCUUGAAGGUCUUGAUUGAAAUUGACAAACUGAAAUUAAAAAGUUGUCGUUUUAAACUUAGGUAGGGGGCGAAUAAAAGCGAAGCAAAAAAUGAGUUUCGAGUUGGAAGUUUCGGAAUUAAGACGCAAAAGCAAAUCCUUAUAAAUUGAAGAGCAUUUGUAACAAAGGGCUACAUUUCUUUUUCAUUUCGAUUUAAAACAGUCACUUAUUGCAGACUUUUCCAAUAGGAACGGCAUGAUUGUAGAUUGUACAAUGAAAUAAAGCGAAGGGUACUUCAAAUACUUAA